AUGGAGUCAGCUCAGGAGCUGGUGACCUUCGAGGAGGUGGCUGUGUAUUUCACCCAGGGGCAGGGGGCUCUGCUGGACCCCGCUCAUAGAGCCCUUUACAGGGACAUCAUGCAGGAGAACUAUGAGACGGUGACCUGGCUGGGAUUCCCCAUUCCCAAACCUGACCUGAUCGCCCGGCUGGAACGAGGGGAAGAGUCGUGGGUCCCAGAUCUCCAGGCUGCCAAGGAAAGAGAGAGCCCAAGAGGUACCUGCACAGGUGAUAGGACAGUGAGUGAGAACAAGGAGGAGAAUCAGCAGGAGGAAGUUCCUGGGAAAGUGGAACCGCAGGAGAGGUUUUUGAGAAGAGCUGAAGGGAAUUUUUCCCAGUGCUUGGAACAGGGAAAUGCCUGUGGGGAUGGACACAGAUCAGAGAUGCAUCUGGGAAACUAUCCUAGGAAGAAACUGGAUGAAUCCAUUCAACGUGGCGGAGGAUGCAAGGAUCCCAAGGAAACCACAGUCCAGCAGACAAGUCACAGUGAAGAGAAACUCUACAAAUGCCUUGACUGUGGGAAAAGAUUCCGUUUCAGUGCAAACCUUAUUAUUCAUCAGCGAACCCACACUGGAGAGAGACCUUACAAAUGCCUUGAGUGUGGGAAAAGUUUUAGUCAGAGCUCACCACUUAUUACACAUCUGAGAAACCACACAGGAGAGAGACCCUAUGGAUGCCUUGAGUGUGGAAAAACUUUUAUGGAAAGUACAUCUCUUAUUAAACAUGGGCGAAUCCACACAGAAGAAAGACCCUAUAAAUGCCUCAACUGUGGAAAAGGUUUUAUCACAAGUUCAGCGCUUACUAACCAUAGGAGAAUCCACACGGGAGAAAGACCCUAUAAAUGCCUCGAGUGUGGGAAAAGCUUUAUGGAAAGUUCAUCCCUUACGAAACAUGGGAGAAUCCACACAGGGGAAAGACCCUAUAAAUGCCUGGAGUGUGGGAAAAGUUUCAGUUUGGUAUCAACCCUUAAUUCACAUCAGAAAACCCACACAGGAGAGAAACCGCAUAAAUGCCUGGACUGUGGGAAAAAUUUCAGUUCUAAAUCAACCCUUAAUGCACAUCAUAAAACCCACACAGGAGAGAGACCCCAUAAAUGCUUGGACUGUGGGAAAGGCUUCAUUCAGAAGUCACAACUUAUUAUACACCAGAGAGUGCACACAGGGGAGAGACCGUAUAAAUGCCUUGAGUGUGGGAAGAGCUUUAUUAAGAGCUCAGCGCUUACCAAACCUCAGAGAAUUCACAAGGGUGAGAGACCCUACAAAUAUCUUGACUGCAGGAGAAGAUUCAAUUUGACUUCACAUUUCAGUGAUCUAAAUGAUAAAGAGACCUUGAACACGGGGAAAGCUUCAUUUGGUGCUCCUGGAGUAUCAGGCAUCCACAAAUCCGCACAUGGAAGGAACCUCUGA